ACGAGAAACCCUUGUUAGAAGCCUCUAGAACCCACCGUCUUUUUCUUUCUUGGUCUUACCUUAGUCUCUUCCCUUCGCAUCUCAAAGCUUCCCAUUCACACUCGUUUCUUCGUUUUUGACGAGCUAACUCACUCACUCAGUUACUGGUUUUCUCUUUGGCUCACUCGCUCGAUCUCUCUCUAGAUUUUUCCGAUUACAAAUGGAGGAUUUCGAUAUCCCGGCGGCGGAAGACAUGAUGAACGAAGAUAUGGAUCUUCCCGACGAGAGUCCCAUUCUGAAAGUCGGAGAAGAGAAGGAGAUCGGAAAUCAAGGCUUGAAGAAGAAGCUUGUUAAGGAAGGUGAAGGUUGGGAGUAUCCUGAAAUCGGAGACGAAGUUGAAGUUCAUUAUACGGGGACGUUGCUGGAUGGAACUCAGUUCGAUUCAAGCCGUGAUAGAGGCACUCCUUUCAAGUUCACUCUCGGUCAAGGACAAGUUAUUAAAGGAUGGGAUGAAGGUAUUAAGACAAUGAAGAAAGGUGAAAAUGCCAUCUUUACCAUUCCCCCUGCACUUGCGUAUGGCGAGUCUGGUUCACCACCAACCAUUCCCCCUAAUGCAACCCUCCAAUUUGAUGUUGAAUUGUUAUCUUGGACAAGUGUCAAGGAUAUUUGCAAAGAUGGUGGGUUAUUUAAAAAGAUACUUAUUGAAGGUGACAAAUGGGAGAAUCCAAAGGACCUUGAUGAAGUGCUCAUUAACUAUGAAGCUAAGCUCGAGGAUGGCACAGUGGUGGCAAAAGCCGAAGGCGUAGAGUUCACUGUUAAGGAUGGUCUAUUCUGUCCUGCUUUGGCAAGGGCUGUUAAGACAAUGAAGAAGGGGGAGAAGGUGCUUCUUACAGUGAAGCCACAGUAUGGUUUUGGUGAGAAGGGGAAGCCAGCCACUGGUGCUGAAGGUGCAGUGCCUCCAAAUGCCACACUCUUGAUUACUUUAGAGUUGGUUUCAUGGAAAACUGUGACUGAAGUAACUGAUGACAAGAAGGUUAUAAAGAAGAUCUUGAAGGAAGGAGAGGGAUAUGAGCGCCCAAAUGAGGGGGCUGUUGUCCAAGUGAAAUUGAUUGGGAAACUGCAAGAUGGUACCAUAUUCUUGAAGAAGGGCCACAAUGAAGGAGAAGAAUUGUUUGAGUUCAAGACAGAUGAUGAACAAGUCAUUGAAGGUCUUGAUAGAGCUGUGUUGAAUAUGAAAAAAGGCGAAGUAGCACUGUUGACUAUUGCACCUGAGUAUGCAUUUGGGUCAUCCGAGUCAAAGCAGGAGUUCGCUGUGGUACCGCCAAACUCUACUGUUUACUAUGAAGUUGAGUUGGUAUCAUUUGUCAAGGAAAAAGAAUCAUGGGAUCUGAACACCCAAGAAAAAAUUGAAGCUGCUGGUAAAAAGAAGGAAGAAGGAAAUGUAUUGUUCAAGGCUGGCAAAUAUGUGAGAGCUUCUAAGAGAUAUGAGAAGGCUGUUAAGUAUAUUGAUUAUGAUACUUCCUUUAGUGAAGAGGAGAAAAAGCAGUCCAAGGCGUUGAAGGUUGCUUGCAAUCUGAACGAUGCUGCUUGCAAAUUGAAACUAAAGGACUACAAGCAGGCUGAGAAGUUGUGCACCAAGGUUUUAGAAUUAGAAAGUGCAAACGUGAAAGCACUGUAUAGAAGGGCUCAAGCAUACAUCAAUCUGGCAGAUUUGGAUUUGGCGGAGCUUGAUAUCAAGAAAGCUCUUGAGCUUGACCCCGAUAAUAGGGAGGUGAAGCUCGAAUACAAAGCUUUGAAAGAGAAGAUCAAGGAAUAUAACAAGAAGGAAGCCAAAUUCUAUGGCAACAUGUUUGCCAAGAUGAAUAAAAUGGAUUCUGGUGAUUCCAGUAAAUCAGCUGCAAAGGAACCCGAACCAAUGAGCAUAGAUAGCAAGGCAUAGGUGGAGAUGAAGCAAAGCUUGGAGACCUUAAUCAAUUAAAGUGAAGUUGAUGAUCCCUAGCCUUUUAUGGUCUUUUAACUACGUUUGUUCUAUUUGCAGGACAACUUAUCUUUGACAUAGAGAAUUUGAGUUGUAAUGGAUUCGUUUCUAUCUGAGGUUGGUUGACAUUUAAAAAAAAAGAAUUCUGUUUAUUGGAGAUCUAUUUUCAAUAUAAGGGGUACUGUCCCAAAAGAUUGAAAA